AUGCCUCUUGAGCAGGAAGCUAUAGCAGCCAACUCUUACUUUGAGUACAACUCACAUCCGAUAGAGUGCGGAGACCCAGACAAACAUUUCCCACAUUGUGACUUUGUGGUAGAGGGCCAAGUUCGGUCAGGAUUCCAGGAACAUUUCUACUUAGAACCAAGUGGGGCACUUGUGGUACCGAAAAACGAGUCUGGAGAAAUGGAAAUAUUUACAACAUCACAAUCACCCAGUUUCUGUCAGUCAUCUGCCUCGCGGAUUUUAGGAAUCCCGAUGAACAAAAUCAUCGUCAGACAGAAAAGACUUGGUGGUGGAUUUGGAGGACGAGAAUUUCGUACACCUUUAGUGUUUGGUCCAUCGGCAAUAGCAGCUCACAGGUUGGGAAAACCUGUGCGGUCAAUAAUGGACAGGUCGGUUGAUUUAAAAACUACAGGAAAGCGCCACGAGUUCAUGUCAGCAUAUAAAGCGGGUUUCCGGCGUGACGGGAUGUUGGAGGCUGUUUCCAUACACAUCUACAUUAAUGCCGGGUACACUCUGGAUGCCUCAUCAUUGGUUUUAGAGAACGCCAGUAUUAAAGCAGACGCGGCCUACAAAACUCCUGUGUUUGCUGUAUAUGGCCACAUCUGUAAGACCAAUAUUCCCUCUAAUACCUCUAUGAGGUCGUUUGGCGCUGUGGAAGCUGUCUUCGCUAUGGAGGUUAUUUUAUGUAAAGUAGCAGACACCGUUGGGCUCGAUCAGGAACAUGUUCGAGAACUAAACAUGUACAAGGAAGGAAGCCUCACUCACUUUAAAAGGAAACUUGAAAACUGUAUGUUGCAACGUUGCUGGCGGGAGUGCAUGCUUCAAAGCAAACUUGGAGAAAGGAAGACGGCGGUUAAAUUAUAUAACAGCCAGAACAAACACACCAAGAGAGGUAUCGCCGUCAUGCCCUUGAAAUUUAGCAUAGGGUAUCAUGUCCGUUUCUUAAACCAGGGGGCGGCUUUGGUAAACAUCUACCUUGACGGAUCUGUGAUGAUAGCUCAUGGUGGAGUGGAAAUGGGACAGGGGCUGCACACGAAGAUGAUCCAGGUUGCGUCCCGUGCUUUAGACAUACCUAUGGAUAAAAUCUACAUCAGUGAGACUGGCACAAAUACAUGCCCAAAUACAACCGCUACAUCAGCCAGUGUGUCGUCUGACCUACAUGGCGCAGCCAUUCUGGACGCAUGCAGAAAGAUCAAUAAAAGGCUAAGGCCAUACAAGGAGAAAGAUCCGUCUGGACAAUGGACAUCAUGGAUCAAUCUGGCUUAUAUGGACAGGGUGAGCCUUUCCGCCACCGGAUUCAGCAGACCAGGAAAUCAACAAAACGUUAAGGAUGAGGGCAACUUCUUCCUCUACUACACUUAUGGGGCAGCUUGUACGGAGGUGGAAAUUGACUGCUUAACUGGGGCACACCAGGUGCUCCAAACCGACAUCGUAAUGGACAUAGGAGACAGUCUGAAUCCGGGAAUAGACGUGGGACAGAUUGAAGGUGGGUUCGUACAGGGAUAUGGAUGGGUCACAAUGGAGGAAUUGAAAAUCUCCCCUGAAGGACAUAUACUAGCUAGCGGACCAGUCGAUUACAAAAUACCGAGAGUAACGAAUAUCCCACGUCAGAUGAAAGUAUAUAUACUCAAAGAUUGCCCCAGCACCGGUACCGUGUAUUCUUCAAAGGGUGUCGGAGAACCACCCCUAAAUCUGGCAAUAUCGGUUUACAUAGCACUGAGGGAAGCAAUCCGAGCCUGCCGAAUGGACGUUGGAAUCUCCAGUUCAUUCGACCUUGAUAUCCCAUUAACUCCCGAGAAAAUCAGAAUGGCCUGUAUGGUUAAGAUUCCCACGAAUAAGAAUCAACUCUAA